GCAACACCAUCACCACAAUAAACGCGAACGGAAAGCAAAAUUGAAAAUCAAGUUGUUCCGCCGCAUCUCCAAAAAAAGCACCGAAACUCGCGUGACUCCCCCCUUAACAACAGCAGACAACGAACGUACAUUCAUAUAUCUUUGGCAUUGCGUUUUUUGCCCUCAAGAGUCUGAACACCUGUGGAACCAACAACAACAGUAAUAAGCACUCAUGUUGAUUCAAUCAACGGCGGUGAAGUAAUUCACAAAACAACUGAGAAAGUUAAUCAAACGGGAACUUGAGAGUUGAGCUCUCUCUCUGUCCCAUUAAAUACUGUGAAGGCGAGAGAGCAUUACAUACAUAGUUAGGUCAAUGUUGCCAACGCAAACUUGACUACAUGGAACGCGGUGGUUUUUUCGUAUGAAUAACAACAGAAGAGGAAAUCAUCGGUAAAUCACACGCACGCACACAUACAAACAAACAGACUCAUAUACUUAUUAGACAAUUGAUAGCGGAUUUACUACAGAUAACAAUGGGUGUGCGUGUAGUUGAAGCUGAUUCGUCCAGCGACUCAUUUGAUGAUGACGAUUCAUGCUCUACCUGCCAGGCUAAGGCCAAAACGUCGUAUCCUAAGCACACAAGUACUGCGGGCGCCAAAAGCUCAUUUACGUAUGCAAAUGCAAGCAAGGAUCUCGUGGGCAACUGCAAGGAAUUCCGCAUUGAGAAUAAUAGUAGAAAUUUGCGCAUCAUUGGCAAUGGGAAUCGAGUGAGAAUACUCAGUAAUACAGGAAGCUUGCAGAUCAUUGGCAACAAUACAAGACUGAAAGUGCAGGAUAACAGUGCCCCCAUUAAAUAUACGGGCAAUGAUGGACGCAUCUAUUUGGGCAGUGAGUCAAAAAAUGUAGCCGUCGAUUAUAUUGGGUGCAAUGGCAUACUGAAGGUGGUGAAGUCAAUGGACUGGCAGGGCAGCCAGUGUAAGACGAAAAAGCAGCAAAAAAAUGGGACCCAAGGUGUCGGUAUACCAGCUGGCUCUCCACCAACGGCCAGAUGCAACUCAAAUCUUAAAGCGAGUGGUACUCCCGGCGUGGAGAUAAGCAACAACUUAACUAUUGUAAAUAAUAUCGGUGGUAACAUAGUCAUAAAAAAUGCCAUUAAUGUGAACAUGUGAAUCCCACAAUGGUAAUACUAAUUAAUUAAGUUUGUCCAAAGAGAGACUUUUGGCCAAUGCAUAUUGUAAUUGUCUUGCCUGAUAGAUUAACGUACAUAUACUAUGGUUCCUUCAUACAUACAUACUGACAAAGUCUAAAAGCUAAGCAAAUCGUAAAUGCAGCGCCAAAUAUAGUCAUUAGUAAUUAGUUAAUAAAAAAAACACACAUACAUAUGUAUGUACUUGUACUCGUAUGUGGGUCAUUGUACAAUUGAAA